AUGUCCUCGACGAUCGUUGAGUCUCUGCCAUUGGGCAACACCAAAUACGACUACAUUAUCGUUGGUGGUGGCACAGCUGGAUGUGUUAUCGCUGCCAGAUUGGCAGAAAGCUUACCUGACAAGAGAAUCCUCGUUAUUGAGGGUGGUGGUAGCGAACACAAAAAUGAGACUGUACUCAACCUCAAAAACUUAGUCGACCUUUGGGGCUCAGAUAUGGAUUAUUCUUACUAUUCAGUGGUCCAGCCAAAUGGCAAUAGCAAUAUUCUUCAUUCACGUGCGAAGCUACUUGGGGGUUGCUCGAGUCACAAUGGAUCUAUCGCCUUCCAUCCCGUUGAGUACGACAUGAGAAGAUGGGAGGCUGCGGGUGUUAGAGGAUGGAGCUUCGAACUCAUGUGUCGACUGGUCCGAAAAUUGCGCACAAACAUCGUUCCGGUGGCUCCACAACAUCGCAGCCAGGUAAAUAAAGAUUGGGUGGAAGCUUGCUCAAAGCUGUUCAAUAUACCCGUUGUUGAGGAUUUCAACAAAGAGAUCGUCAGAACAGGCAACCUAAGUUCCGGAGUUGGUUUCAUCAACGUCGCCUACACGCCCUCAGACAAUCACCGCAGCAGUGCCAGUGUUGCCUAUAUUCAUCCAAUUCUGGAUGGAGACGUCAAAGCGCCUAAUCUUACGAUUCUGGUUCACAGCUGGGUGAGUAGGAUUAUCACGGAGGGCCAUACUGCUGUAGGAGUCGAAGCCACAACAAAGAGUGGAGAGCGUUUGCAGAUAUUUGCGCGAGACGAGGUGGUUCUGAGUGCAGGCUCAAUUGAUUCUCCAAGACUCAUGAUGUUGUCUGGACUUGGCCCUCGCAAGCACCUCCAGGAGAUUGGGAUCCCAGUGGUCCGCGACAUCCCCGGUGUAGGUCAAAAUCUACAGGAUCAUUGCGAAACCAUGUAUAUGUGGGAGAUGAAUGAGACUGUGCCUGAGGAGACAGUCAUUUCAGGCUCUGAGGUUACCAUGACACUGCGCAGGGAGCAGUUCGACGCUCGUGGAGAUGAUGGAAAUACUAUGGACUGCAUGUUUCAUAUGUUUACAUAUCCAUUCGAUAUGUACACAAAGUCCAUGGGCUACGAAACUCCAAACGCAGCGUUCUGUGUUAUUCCAAACACUCCUCGGCCACUAUCCGUAGGUAGUAUCACCCUGAAAUCAUCCAAUCCCAAAGAAAAGCCGGUCCUUGAUCAACGAUAUUUCUCGGAUGAGGAAGGUUACGAUAAGGCAACAAACCUGUUCUUGCUUGAACAAUCACGGAGAAUGGCUCAACAAUCUCCAUUCAAAGAGCAUCUGAAACGUGAGAUUGCCCCAGGGCCAAAUAUCAAGACAGCCGAACAGCUUUGCGAAUACGGACGGAAAGUCUCAAACACUGUCUAUCAUCCUUGCGGUACUGCGAAAAUGGGAGAUCUUAACAACGACCCGAUGGCUGUUGUGAGCUCUCAACUGAAGGUUCGCGGUGUUAAGAAGUUGAGGGUUGCUGACGCAAGUGUCUUUCCAUUCGUGACAACAGUGAACCCCAUGGUCACUGUCCUCGCCUUAGCAGAGCGUGCUGCAGAACUCAUCAUUGGCGACGCUCAAAGGGUGAAAUCAGCAUUAUAG